AUGAUGGCCAAAAAUCCCCUGGAAGGGUCUAAAGAAGACCUGAGCAAAAUUUCGGAAGAGGAGAUGCUGAGGUGGAGCAAGGAAGAGCUGGUGAAAAGACUGAGGAAAGUGGAGAAUGAAAAGAUGAACUUAAUGGUGGAACACGGCAACUUGAUGAAGGACGUGAACCGGCGGCUGCAGCUCCACCUGCACGAGAUCCGCGGGCUGAAGGAGGUGAACCAGAAGUUGCAGGACGACAACCAGGAGCUGAGGGAGCUCUGCUGCUUCUUGGACGACGACCGGCAGAAAGGCAAGAAGCUGUCGAGGGAAUGGCAGCGCUUCGGGAGGCACACGGCCAGCGUGAUGUGGAAGGAGGUGGGCAUGUACCAGCAGAAGCUGAAGGACCUGGAGGCCAGGCAGGAGACCCUCCUGCGGGAGAACGUGGAGCUGAAGGAGAUGGUGCUGAUGCUGGACGAGGAGCGGAGCGGGGCCGGCUCGCGGAGCUCCAUCGACAGCCAGGCCAGCCUGACCAACCUCAACGGCGGCUCGGCCACCAGGGACGUGGGGGACGGGAGCAGCACCUCCAGCACGGGCAGCGCGGGCAGCCCCGACCACCAUCACCACCACCUCCACCACCACAAGGCCAGCGACAGCAAGGCCGGGGCCAUGCGGAGGUCUAUGGAUGACCUCUCCGCCCCUCUCCACCACCGGAGCAUCCCCAACGGCCUCAACGAUUCAUCUUCCAACUAUAUCAGGCAACUUGAAACAAAAGUGAAACUGCUGGAGGAUGACAACAAGCUUCUUUCCCAGCAGUCCGGCACGGGGGACCUGAGGACUCUGAGGAAAGGGUUGUCCCCGUACCACUCUGAGUCGCAGCUCUCGUCGCUGCCGCAGUAUCAAGACGCCCUGCAAAACGGACCGGCUCGCAUGACAUCUGAUCUUGCAUCUUCUCCUGCAGCAGGAUAUGUCCCUGUUGGUCAGAAACCAGAGGCUGUUGUGCACGCUAUGAAGGUCCUUGAGGUCCAUGAAAAUUUGGACAGGCAAAUGCAAGACAACUAUGAAGAAGACCUGAGUGAAAAGGAGAAGGCGAUUGUUCGUGAAAUGUGCAAUGUUGUCUGGCGAAAGCUGGGUGAUGCUGCGAGCUCCAAACCCUCCAUCAGGCAACAUCUUUCGGGAAACCAGUUCAAGGGUCCCUUGUAG